CCUCCUUGGUGAUAACAUUUUUCGUUAGAUUUAAAUUCGCUAUUAUUGUAUUUUUUUUUUACAAAUUGAAUAGAUUCUGUGUAAUCGCAGGUAAAUAAAAUUUCAGAAAACAACAUUUCAACAUUUUGAAAUUCAAUUGUAUCAUUCUUUGAAAAUAAUGAUAUCACUUUUGGAAACUGCAAAGGACAAAGUUCAGGAAGGACCAAUACGAUGUAUAUUCUUUUCCGAAUUUCAUCAUAUAGCUGGUCCAAAGAUCACUUGUCAGGUACCUGAUAAUUUUGUAUCGAAAGAUAUAUUUGAUAACGUCAAUGUUUAUAUUAUACCAAAGGCACAAUUACAAAGAAGUACAAUUACUGUAACAUUGAAAGACUAUAAAAUCUUAGGAUUUCCCGUGAAAAUAGAUGAUAAAAAAUAUGCAAGAAAUGCUUUUUAUUUUAAUUUAUGUUUUGUGUGUGAUUCAGAAGCUCGCACAGUUCAUUAUGAACCAGUAGUUAAGAAGAUGUCUGAUUUUUUGAUGGCUUUAGAAAUUGAGAAUUGUUUCUUAUCUGCUUCCGAUGAUAAAACUAGAUUGGCUGAAAUGUUGGGACAUGUUAUGCAAGAAUUAAAUUUGCAUAAAAUGUGCACACUAACGGAGGGAACAAUGACAUCACAUUUGAAAGUAGUAAAACUAGCACCAGAACCUAAGCCAGUUCUUGAUCAUCAAGUACCAAUAUUCUUAGAAGGUAAGGAAGCAUUUCACAGUGAUCAAUGGGAUUUAACAACUCAGCAAGUAUUACCAUAUAUAGAUGGCUUUAACCAUGUUGCUCGCAUAGCAGCAGAAGCAGAUGUUGAAAACAAUUUAGUUAAAAGCUGUGUACAAAAUUUAGCGUAUUAUAGCAUUGUAACUUUAAUUCCAAUAUUUCAAUAUAGUAAUGUCUAUGCAGCAACGCCAAAACUAAAACAAUUAGCAGAAGAUAUCAAAUUACAAGAAAGAUGUAUUACAUAUGCAUCUAAAUCCCCAAGACAACCAGCAUAUCUCAGAGAUAUAUAUCGUAUGUAUGCAAGCAUGACUCAUAGCUGUAGUAUGAGGGACUUGUGUCAACGUUUAAAUCCACAAAAUUUAAGAAUUAAUGAAAGAAGAUUGGUUCAAUUUGGUCUGAUUGAAGGUCUUAUCCGAAGGGUCUAUAAGUACCCCAUACUUUUGCCAGGUAUACCGUAUAAUGAAGAAACACGGAAUAAUCCUAUUUAUAAGUAUUUUACGGGAACAUAUAAUUUGGAUGAAAUUUGUUGUAAUACAGGUCAGAGUGUGGCACAAAUAGAAGAAAUCGUUGAACGUGAUCCAAAUAUUGUUAUGUUAUGGAAAUAAUUCAGUUGUACGAAUUAUAUGAGUAUAUUUAUAUAUAUACAGUAUUAAGAUUUUGUAUAAUAUAAAUGUGUAUAGAUAAUGAAACAAAAAAUCUUUUUAUUAUAAUAGAUAUAAAAUGUUAACCUUUUACACUCGGAUAUGUCCCCUCUGAGAGGACAUCAAAGUUUAUUAGUGAUUAGGAGAAUAAACUUAUUUUACCGCAACUUUUUGAGAAACGCAUGUUUCCCUGUAGUUUUUUAUUGAAAUGGCACAAGAAAGCAAAUCAGAAUUUGAUACAAUUACCAAAAUAUAUGAAAAAUAUAUCAGCUGGUUUUAUUUUGAAGAGAACAUGUGAAGUGCGUUCACGAAGUUUAUUCGUAUAUACACGUUUCGUUCUAGGUGUGAUAAUGUUCUACUGCGAUAAGAAACAAUGGGCCCAGUACGAUUUCCAAUAUAGAUUUUCAACUCUAUGGAAAUUCUUAAGCAUUUCAUUCUAAACAUGAUUAUCUUCUACUACGAUAAGGAACAAUGGGCUCAUUAUGUUUACACACCUGCAUCGAGUAUUCAAUCUUAGAAGGGCGCAUGGUAUGGCAGCCGCGUGUCAGUCAACAUGUUAAAAAGAGCGAUAAAAAGGAUUUGUGGAACAAAAGUACGCGAUUAUGGCUCAAUGAUGUAGUCACACUGUAGAAAAUUAUAAAAAAUAAAUUUUGAUUUUUUUGCAAAUA